CUAUUCCUCCCAGCGUCAGAGCGCAUGCUCAGUCCUUGCUUUACGCCAGUUUCAGGGUCGCAACAUAAGCAUGUCCAGGCACAGGCACAAGCGGGCAGGAAAGGCAACGUACAAGGGCCAGGGUAAAGGAUCUGUGCAGCAUGGGAAGAAUGUCAAGAAAGACCCUGGAGUGCCCAACUUGUCCCACUUCAAAGAGCAGGCAAAGAGAGAGGCUGAGCAGAAGAAGAAAAGGGUGGAAGAGAUGAGAGAAAAGCAGAAAGCUGCCAGACAGAAAGAAAUGGCUAAGAGGAGGAGCCUGGGUACAUUUCAGAACGAUGUUUUGAAGCGCCAAAGGGAGUUUGAGCAAAAGGAGGCUGAUCUUAGGAGUCUGGAGAAGCAUGAGCAGCUGGAGAAUGAGAAUUCCAGGAAGGCUUACUACAGGGAGUUCAAAAAGGUGGUAGAAGCGGCAGAUGUUAUUUUAGAAGUGCUGGAUGCCAGGGAUCCUUUGGGCUGCCGAUGUCCCCAAGUGGAGCAGGCUGUAGUACAGUCUGGCACAGAGAAGAAACUGGUGUUGGUUCUUAAUAAAAUAGAUCUCGUCCCUAAACCUGUUGUGGAGAAGUGGUUGAAGUACCUCAGGAAUGAGUUCCCUACAGUGGCCUUCAAAGCCUCCACUCAGCAGCAGAACAAGAAUUUGCAACAGAGCAGAGUGCCAGUCAAGCAGGCAUCUGAGGAUCUGCUGAGCUCUGGAGCCUGCAUUGGCGCUGAUUCUCUAAUGAAACUCCUGGGCAAUUACUGUCGGAACAAGGACAUCAAGACAUCUAUAAGUGUGGGGGUUGUAGGGUUUCCAAACGUGGGGAAGAGCAGUUUGAUUAACAGUCUAAAGAGAGCAAGGGCCUGUAAUGUGGGUGCCACACCCGGCGUGACCAAAUGCCUGCAGGAAGUUCAUUUGGACAAACACAUCAAACUGCUAGACUGUCCGGGUAUCGUCAUGGCUACCUCUACGUCUGAUGCUGCUGUCAUCCUACGCAACUGUGUGAAGAUCGAACAGCUUGUAGAUCCUGUGGGCCCGGUGGAAGCCAUAUUGAGACGGUGCAACAAGGAACAGAUCAUUCAGCACUACAAAGUGAGCAAUUUUCGAGAUACACUGGAGUUCCUGGCCAUGCUGGCUAAACGGCAGGGUAAGCUGAAGAAAGGUGGCACACCGGAUCAUGAGAAGGCUGCCAAGUCUGUUCUUACAGAUUGGGUGAGUGGUAAGAUCAGUUACUUCACCCAUCCCCCAGAGACGCACACCAUGCCUACACACGUCAGUGCGGAGAUUGUCACAGAAAUGGGGAAGGCAUUUGAUUUUGAGGCCCUGGAGAUGGACAACCAUGAGUCUUUAUUAAAGGUCCAGUCUAUCCCAGAGGGCAUUGUUAUGGAGGUCUCUGGGCUCACAGCUGGUGUCGGAGAAGAGGUGGAGCAUGUUGAACUGGAUGAGUUAAGUGAUGAGGAUGAGAAACCCACAGAUUCCAUGGAACAGGACAUAGAUACAGAGUUUGGUCCCAUGACUGUGGAAAUCAAAGCCCUAAAAAGCAAAGUCCAGCUUGAACCAGAACAAGUAGUUCCCAAAGCCCCGAACUUGCAGGAGAUUCAGUCUAUUCACCCAUUGCAGCAAGGACAGGCCCUGCUCGCCGCCAGCAAGAAGAGGAAAAAGUUGCAGAAGCGAGCGAACAAAAUUGCCACAAAACUGUCAGAUUCGCUUACGCUAGCAAUGAAUUUUGGACUGAGCGAUGACUGAGAGGGAAAAUGGACUUUUAUAAAGCCCAUCGUUGACCAUAAGGGUGCAUCAUCCUUGCAGCCCCGCCGGUACACAGGACCCUUGUCAUUAUCCUAAAUGCUGGACUGUGCUGGGUCACUAUAAUAAUGCUGAGUAGCCACUUAUGCAACAAAACAGGAGCAGCAACCCUCACUGUUUUCUUCGACCUAAACUGUUUAUUGAGUUGCUUCUCUGGGUUUUAAAGCCCAUUAAAGAGAUACUGUCAACACAAA